CAGGUCCUUCAGCCUUUAGAGUGUGAUAACUGCAUCUGCAGCUAUGUUCCUGUCCUCCUACUGGAAACAGGUAAUGAAGCCUAUGGAAAUAUAACCAGUUCCUGAUCUCCCAGCUGUGGUGCAGGGUUUGGUGCUUUGCUGCUUGAUGCUGCUUUUCUGAUACUGAUCUAGAUCAAUAUCUUCUACACAUGCACAGUGGGUUCCUCUGAAGUUCCUGGGACAAUGGACAUAAAAAACGACAAGAUUGUUGGUAGAAUAUUAAAUCUAACUCUUGAGGUCAUCUAUCUGCUGACUGGAGAGGGGUAUAUUUUCACAAAGAAGGCAUUUGAUGAUCGUGAGACCUGUGGUAAAAGUUCUGGAGGAUGGAACAGGACUCCGAGCCCCAUCACUGUGCCUUCUUCUCACUUGUUGACACUCGAGAAAAACAAUGAGCAGAAAAUUUUAAAACUCACUAACAAGAUUGUACAUCUUCUAACAGGAGAGGUGUGGGAAUAUUUAGAAGGACAAAAGGAUCUAUCUAAGGACAUUAUAGAAAAUGACCAGUCCUUCACUUCACAGAAUGGAACCAGUAGGAAAAAUACAUCAGUUAGAUGUCCUAGUCUUUUUUCUGAGGACUGUCCAAAGGAAGAUCAUGAUAACCUACAAGACUGUCAGGUAGAAUGGAAUGAAGAUAUCAAAGAUGAAGACUUGAUUGAUAUUAAAGUUGAAGUACUAGAAGAAGAGGUGUAUGAAAGGAGUGAGGAGCAGCACAAAGUGGAAACACCUUCACCUAUCAGCCCUGGAGAUGGAAAGAAUAGCAGGGCUGUUGCCGAAGAAGGUCUUAUUUUAUCUACUGUUUAUGACCUGAAAGAAAAAGACCUUGCAGUGACUGAGGAAAAUCAGGUUCCUUGUGGAGCAGAUGUACUAUGUGAUAGCUCUGUCCACAGAAAAAAUCUUUCUGAUACUACAAAUAUUGAUGCACAGUGUACAUCUCAUUCAUGCAGUGACUUGUUUCCAUGUUUUGAUUGUUUUACAAAAAAUUCUGAUUUUAUGCCACAAGAGACAAUUGACAUAAGCAAAAAUCAAUUCUCAUGCUCUGCCUGUGGAAAAUCCUUUACCAAGAAAUCAAAUCUGGUCCGUCAUCAGGUUAUUCAUACAGGUGAAAAGCCAUUCCCCUGUAAUGAAUGUGGGAAGUGCUUCAAAACAAAAAGUGAUCUAGCCAAGCAUAAGAAAACGCACACAGGGGAGAGACCUUUUUCAUGCAUUGAAUGUGGGAAAUGUUUCUCAGGUAAAUCUAACCUUUUCUAUCAUCAGCUCAUCCACACGGGAGAGAAACCAUUUCCAUGUUCUGAGUGUGGCAAAUGCUUUACACGUAAACAACAACUCCUUGUUCAUCAGAGGACGCACACGGGGGAGAAACCAUUCCGAUGUUUGGAAUGUGGGAGAUCUUUCAGUAAUAAAUGUGAUCUUGUUUUCCAUGAGAAGACCCACACUGGUGAGCGACCGUUUUCAUGUUCCAGAUGUGGGAAAAGUUUUAUUCGUAAGUUUCGUCUUGUUCAUCACUUAAAAACUUGUAGACAUGAGGAGGCCUAAUUAUGGAAACACGCACCUCAUUAAAUAUCACAGUAAGCUUAAAAGUCAAGGCCAUUCCCACUUUUAUAAUCCUUCCUAUACGCUACUGGGUCAUUCGUCAAAGAAACUUGUAGACUCAAUCAGAAUAAAGAAUCAUGUAAGUAGAAAUUAAACAUGUAUACGGCGCUCAUUCAGCUAAUCAAGUUCAUUGAUUGAUUGGUUUUUCCAUUUUGGAAAUAGUCCUCGAUAUGCACUCAAACUUUGUUUUAGGAGGUAAGACUUGUCAUCUUGAGACAAUUACACAUGCUUCGUGUGGAGGAUACUAACUGUCAUUGUUUUAUUUUUUUAAAAUCUGAUCUACUUGGAGCAGAUUGUCAUUAAAAGAACGUCACCAUUGAAAUGCAGUGCAAUCUUCAAGCAGCAUGUUAUAUAAAGCAGGAGCAGCUGAGCAGAUUGAUAUAUAGUUGUGUGGAGAAAGAAUCAGUAAAACUUGUAAUUUAUUCAUUUCAACCUCUUUUUAUGUUUAGGAGUCAUAUGGGCAGUCAUACUCAGUGACUGACAGUCUUCCCUGUAUAAUUAGUUAUGGAGAGUAAGCUGUCAAUCACUGGCUGGCACCACCUACAUGACUCCUAAGCAUAAACAGAGCACAUCAGUCUACAACAUGCUGCCUACAGACUGCAUUACAUUUUCAUGGUGACUGGUUCGCCUUAAAGGGGUUUUCCUCUAUAUAGGUCAUCAGUAUCUUAUCGGUGGGAGUCUGACACCUGGGACCCCAGCCGAUCAGCUGUUUGAGAAGGCACUGGUGCUCUUGUUAGAGCCACAGCCUUCUCCAUGCUCACCAUGCACAUCGCCAUACAUUAUAUAAUGGCUGUGCUUGGUAUCUCAGCUCAGCCCCACUUCAUUUCAUUGGGACUGAGCUGUACCUAGGCCAUGUGACAUGGAGGUGUUAUCAUUGGCCUAGGAGAAGCUGAGAGAAGGCCGCAGUGCUACUGUGAGUGCCGCUGCCUUCUCAGACAGCUGCUCGGUAGGGUACGAGUGUCAGACACCUAUCCAGA